CAAAAAAAAAAUGUUUGUGGCGACAUGUGUCGGAAACUCGUAAGUCGUAACAUCAAACAAAACUUUAAUAAUAUUGUGUGAAUAUAAUACCAAUAAGUUGUAACCGUUUUUAGUAUAUACGGUAUUUGUUAAAGAACGGACAAAAUGAAUAAACGAGAAAAAAAAGCGGCACCACCUAAGAAAAAAGCUAAUGGCUAUAAAAUGGCACCUCCGAUACCGGCGGGAGAAGUUAUUCAAGACUUAAGUUCAAAGAAAAAAUGGAGAAUUGGUCCUUCUAUUGGUAUUGGUGGUUUUGGGGAAAUUUACUCUGCAUGUGAGUUUGAAAGUUCCGCGAAAAAAGGCAACAACUAUCCGUUCGUAGUUAAAAUUGAGCCACAUGAAAAUGGUCCUCUUUUUGUUGAGAAAUCUUUCUACAUCAGAAACUCAAAUAAAAAUGAGAUUGAAAAAUUUAUGAAGGAAAAUAAACUGUCAACUUUUGGUAUGCCAUUGUUUUAUGGAACUGGUUCACUUGAGUUCAAAGGUGAAAAAUACAGGUUUCUUGUACUUGAGAGAUAUGGAAAAGACCUAUGGAGCUUGUUUCUGGAGGCAGGCAGAGUACUUCCACCAGUAACUGUGUUUCAGAUAGGUUUGCAAAUGUUAGAUGUGUUGGAAUACGUUCACAACAGGGGCUACAUCCACGCCGACAUAAAGGGGGCUAAUAUACUGAUGGGCCUCAAGAAAGGGACAGAGAAUCAAACCUAUCUAGUUGAUUUUGGACUGGCCACCAGGGUUCUGGACAGGGAGUUCAAACCAAACCCCAAAUGUGCUCACAAUGGUACCAUCGAGUACACAAGCAGAGAUGCACACUUAGGAGCACCAACAAAGCGAGGUGACCUGGAGAUCCUGGGUUACAACAUGCUGCAGUGGAUUGUGGGCAAGCUGCCAUGGGAGGGGUCACUCGCGCAGCCCAAAAUUGUACAGAACCAGAAAGAGGCCUUUAUGAGCAAUGUUCGGGAACAGCUCCAGAAAUAUAAUGAAGUUCCUGAGGCUUUAAUAAAGUUCUUUGAAUAUAUAAAUACAUUGAAGCCGAAAGAUGAUGUUGAUUAUGCAAAAUGUAGACAAAUAUUUGAAAGCUAUCUCAAAUCUCAAGGAAAAACUAGAGGUGCAAAAUUAGAAUUCAAAGUUGACAAAAAUCAAAAACAGAAACAAACAGAUUUAGUGAAUCAAAGUGAUGAAGUUGAUGAUAAAAGUCCAGAUAAAAAGCAGUUGAUUAACCAAAAUGGUGAAGUAAAAUCCAAACGUACUAAAAAAGUAAACAAAGGUCAUGAUACAGAAAAUAUGACACCAGAAAAAAAUGGAAGGGCAAUUCGAUCUACAAAGAGAAAAUCACUAGAGCCUACUAAGGUUGUUAAAGUUAAAAAGGCUAAAAUAGCCCCGAAAGCAACCCCUCCUGUCAAACUAAACCAUGCAAAUAUUGCAACACAAACUUCCAAUCAGUUGACGAGACGAAGUCCUCGCCAAGUGACCUUUGAUAGUCCCAUAUGUGAAGUCAUUGGUGACAAGAAAAUAACAUCUAAGACCUCAGGAAACUCAAGUGGGGAUAUAUUUGAUGAUUCAUUCAUUGAGCAGGAGAAGAAAGUAAAACCUAAAAGGAAAUUGUUAUCUAAUGUCGAAACAACUGUUAAGAGAGUUGUUAAGAGGAAAGUGACAGUGCAAGGAAAAGGUAAAUCAUGGAAAGAUACUCCGAGUGUUGUAAAUGGACGUUCACCUCCCAAGUAAAUGUGUUCAUUGACAUUAUGAUGUGUUGCCAUAGACAAUAAAUAGGGGAGGCAGUGUGAUGAUUAGAAAAAAUCCUAUUAUUUUAGAUAAAUAUAGGAAGAGUAGUAAAUCCAAAUUGUUUAUUUGUAACCUAACUUUAAAAUUCAAAUAUCUACUAAUUUGUAACAAUUUAGAAACUAAUAUGUACUUUUACUAGCGUUCUUAUAAAAAUCAAAACAUGUUGUAAUGUUGAGUGGCAAUAGUUAGUCUACAACUAUUUCUUAUACUAGACUGGUUGGUUUGUAUGAAUGUGCUCCCCUAGACAAUAUUAAAUAACUAUUAUUUUCAUAUUAUGUACUAUACUGUAAACUGUUUUAUUCAUUAGAAUUACUUAUGGUGAAUGCAAAUGCAUUACUAUAGGUUAAAUGGUUAUUCUACUAUGUAAUUUUUAAUUUCCUAUUACAUAAUUAUGCAUGAAUAAAAUGGUCUGUUUUAUCUAAAAUAAACAAUUAUUAAUCAACAUGAAAAUUAUUGGAAUCAGUAUUUGUUGUAUGUUAUAAUAUGUGACAGUUAUAAAAUUUAUUAUUAUUUAUGUAUUUUGUUUAACUUAAAUUAUCAUUAUACUCAUAUUACCUAUGUAAUAUGUUUACUGUCCAUAACAUGAGAUUGCAUAAAGCUACUUUUUCAUGAAGUAUCAAACUAAUUUGAUCCUUGUUUUAUUAUGUUAUCUCAGAUUGGAUGAUUUGUCAGUAUUGUUUGAACUAUUGUUUUUUGCAACCACUUUACUAGUAUUUUCAUUGUUUUACUAUGAAAAGAUCAUGUAAUGUAAAGGUUAGUAAAUUGGUUUUUACUAUAUUACAAAUACAGCAUGGUAUUCUUCGAUUACUUAUAUUUUUAUGCCUUUUAUUUCAUUUUUUCUCUGACGUUAUAAAAUUCACAGUAGAUAUAUAUCAAUCAGACUAAUAGAUUAAGAAAGGAAAUUGUACUGAUUUUAAUAAUAAUAUGUAUGUAUGUGUGUGUGUGCUGAUUUAUUGUGUACUUAGUUUAAUUUAGUAUGUAGGUAGGAUGUUGAAUGUUGUGCAAAAUAAAUAAAUUUCUUGAUA